CCCCCAGUCAAACUAGUCGAUCCACACUCUCGUCUCGCCAUUUCAGAAACAGGCAUUUAAUCGAGCAACGAUAGAAAGACAGCGACGUAAACGACCUCAAGUCAAGCUACUUCUGUUAUACGAAUUACGAAAAAAAACAAGAAGUCGCAGCAGCUUCGCCUAAAAUGUUCAGAAUUCCAACUGGACGGCGCAUCAUUGAUCGGGUCUUGGUUUGGAGAUGUCUUCAGCACAAAACAACGACACCAAACUAUUUGCAACAACUCCAGCCUCUGUGUUGCUCCCACUUUUUCUCCAGAGGAACUUCAUCUCAGAAGCUGUUAAGCACAAGGCCAGUUAGCUGGCAUGCAUCACGUUUCAGUCAGCAUGAUUCACAAAACACCUCAAACAGCGGAGGUUCCAGUGACAACUUGGGUUUGAAGAUACUCACUCAGGCUCCUAAACCAGCCUUGUAUCUGGGUUUCUCCGGACUCAUCCCUUUCCUCUCCGCACCUCUCCUGAUGGUCGUGUCCCAGUCCUUCCAUCCAGAUGUGGCAUAUGCCCAGGUUGUUUAUGGGGCCUGCAUCGUGUCCUUCCUCGGAGGUGCUCGCUGGGGUUUUGCAGUCCCUGCCGGUAGUCCGGCUCAGCCUGACUGGAUGAAUUUGGGCAACAGUGUAGUACCCUCACUGUUGGCCUGGCUGGCACUGCUCUGCCAGGACAACAUCACAGAGGCUGCUCUGAUAGUGAUCAUGGGGCUGGGUCUGUCACUACAUUGUGACCUGGUCCUUCUGCCUGGGUACCCCGCAUGGUUCAAAGCCAUGAGGACUGUCCUCACCGUGAUUGCCACCUUCUCGCUGGUGGCUACGCUGAUCAUUAAAAAGUUCUGUCCUGAAAAGAAGUUCAGGGAGAUCAAGGGCUGAUCGAAAAGACUACUUUGUUCUUUGAUCUGUAUUUAAUAAAACUGUAAAGAGUACCACGUUGUUGUGUUUUCUGCAAAAAAACUGCAGUAGUUUAUUCAAUAUUUAUUCUGACUAAAAAUGACAUCUUUUUUUUUUUGCAUCAUUUUCUUUUUUAUGUAGAUAAUUAGCCGACUGAUCGUACUGUUAUUGUGCACAACAGUAAAUGUGACAGAAUGCAAAAGAACAAAAACGGGACUAAAAAUGACUUUACCCGGUGCAAAUGGGAUGAAAUGUAAGACGCAGUAUUCUCCAGCAAAUAUCAGAUGUAUUUAUUUGGUUGUACAUGACAAAGUAUUGUGGGUACCAAACCAAACCAGUGGGAAAUGGGUUAUCAAAGAGCUGGUGUAGAAACAGUGAUAGUGUGCAGUUGAGUGUCUUUUUUGUUGUUGUGUUACACAUUUCUAGUAGCUACGCACACACCUCAAACAUACAGUACAUUGGAUAUAAAAGUUAAAUAAAAAUUCAAGAACAGGGCUGUCAUAUCUUAGCCUUAGUAUUCACACAGAGA